CAAAUCGUAUUCAUCUCCUCUCCUUUGUAUUCAGCCUUUUCGCUUCAAUAUACGAUUUCAAUCUGAUUCCUUCUUUUCGUCUCCUCUCCACAAACCCUUUCGAUUUCAAUUUGUUCAUUCAAAUUCAAACCCUAAAAAUGAUUUGAAAUUGGAAUUAAACAUCUUCACUCAAUAUGGAACCCUAAUAAUCAACCCUACCAAUCAUUUGAACGGUCAUAUUCGCUUCGUUCAAUUGCAAAUUCACAACCCGUAUUUCUGUAAACAGGUUUUCUGGUGUUCUAUUCUGCUACUCCGCAAUCUAAAGUUCUUCAAUCGGUCGUUCUACUGCUCGAUUCUGUUACUCGACAAUCAACAAUUCUACAGUCAAUCAAUUUCCAGAAAAAUCUUGAUUGAGUCACUAGUAUCUCACUAACUUCACCAGCUAGAACCUUUGGGUACUUCCAUUUUGAAUCAUGCCAAUUGAUAAAUCAUGGAUUGACAAAUCACAAGACACGCUUGAAUAUGAAAAUGGAUUAAUUAAUUUUUUGAAUUUCGCAUUUCACCAUAAAUCUAUUGAUGGUCUUAAGAUAAAGUGCCCAUGUUCAAAAUGUGGUUUCAAGAAGUGGGGAACAUGGGAUGAGGUUUAUGUACACCUCAAAAAUAGACCUUUUCCAAAAAAUUACAAAGUUUGGAACUGGCAUGGUGAAAGGUCAAGUAUAAAAGAGCCUCAAGUAGUUGAAAGGGCACAUGUCACGGAAGAUACCUUUCAACCACAAAAUACAAUGGAAAACAUGGUCCAUGAUGCAUUUGGAUUUACCCAAAGUAGUCCGAAUAAUCUUGAUCCAUCUUCUGAGCACAAUCGCGAAGGGCGUAAUUCAACGUGCGGUGAAGAUAAGGUCGAGUUUUUUGAGUUGUUAAAAGAUGUUAAUCAACCAUUAUAUGAAGGGUGUACAAACUACUCAAAGUUAUCAUUUCUAAUUAAAUUGUAUCAUAUAAAAUGCUUGUGUGGAGUAAGUGACAAAGCAAUGACUAUGAUUAUAGAGUUAUUAAAAGACGUGUUUGUAGAUGCCAAGAUUCCUGUUUCAUUCUAUGAGGCUAAGAAAAUAAUCAACAAACUUCGUCUUGAUUAUACUAAGAUAGAUGCUUGCCCAAAUGAUUGUAUGUUAUAUUGGGGUGAAGAAAAUCAAGACUUCGAAGAAUGCAAACGAUGCAAAACAUCUAGGUGGAAGGAUGACAAGAAGAAGAAAUCUGCAAAGAUACUACGCUACUUUCCACUAAAGCCAAGAUUACAACGACUUUUUAUGUGUUCUAAAACCGCAGAGUCUAUGAGAUGGCAUGCAUUGGAGGCUAAUCAAGAUGGGAUGAUGAGACAUCCUAGAGAUUCUGAGGCAUGGAAAACAUUUGACUUACUGCAUCCAGAAUUUGCUACGGAUUCUCGAAAUGUACGACUUGGCCUAGCCACUGAUGGCUUUAACCCUUUUGGUGUGAUGAGUACUAACUAUAGCAUUUGGCCCGUAGUUCUUAUCCCAUAUAAUCGCCCUCCUUGGGAGUGCAUGAAGCAUACAUCAACAAUCCUUUCUAUGAUCAUUCCUGGAAAACAAGCGCCAGGAAAUAAUAUAGAUGUGUACUUACAACCUCUUAUCAAAGAGUUGAAAGAAUUGUGGUAUGAUGGAGUUCAAACAUUAGAUUUGUCAAAAAAUGAAAUAUUUAUGAUGAAGGCAGCUUUGAUGUGGACUAUUAGUGACUUUCCAGGGCUUGGAACUUUAUCAGGAUGGAACACACACACUAAGCUUGCUUGCCCCACAUGUAAUAAUGAUACUGAAAAUUAUAGAUUAAAGAAAGGUGGGAAAUGGUGUUUUAUGGGUCAUCGUCGAUUUUUAGAAAAAGGUCAUAAAUUUCGAUUGAGUCGGUCUCGUUUUAAUGGAAAAGUUGAGCUAAGAGAUGCGCCCGCUACUUUGUCAGGGCUAGAUAUCUUGAACCAGUUAAAGGGAGUAAAUGUUGCCUUUGGAAAAGUGUUAGAAUCUAAAGACAAAGAUGGAGGAAAAAGAAAACGGAAAAAGAAAACUAUUGAUGAAGGACCAAGGCAGUGGAGGAAGAAAAGUAUAUUUUUUGAUCUUCCUUAUUGGGAUUCCAAUUUGUUGCGCCAUAAUUUAGAUGUUAUGCACAUUGAAAAAAAUGUUUGUGAUAAUGUUGUAUACACUUUGCUCAAUGAAACUGGGAAAUCAAAAGAUAACCUUAAAGCUCGUGAGGAUCUUAAAUUAAUGGGAAUAAGGAAGGAUCUUUGGCCAGAUAGUAAUAAAAGAUUCCGCCCAUCUUUAUUUACAAUGUCAAAUUCAAAUAAAGAUAUAUUCCUACAAACUUUGAAGAAUACUAUUUUUCCUGAUGGAUACUCAAGUAACAUUUCUAGGUGUGUUGACAUAAACAAUCGAAAACUUUUUGGGAUGAAAAGCCACGAUUGUCAUGUUCUUAUGGAGCAAAUACUACCUAUUGCUAUACGAAAUGUCCUACCAGACAAUGUGACUGCAGUGUUAGUAGAGUUAUGUUCAUUCUUUCGUCAAUUAUGUGCCAAGAGUUUAAGUCACUUGGAUCUCGAUAGACUCCAGUCUCGAAUCAUUCUCACUCUUUGUCACUUAGAAAUGUUAUUUCCUCCUUCAUUUUUUACAAUCAUGGUUCAUUUGACUUGUCAUCUUGUUGGUGAAGCAAAACUUGGAGGUCCAGUACACUAUCGUUGGAUGUAUCCUAUUGAAAGGUACUUGGGACACUUGAAAUCCUAUGUUAGGAAUAAGGCACAACCCGAAGGUUCUAUUGCUGAAGGAUAUCUUGCAGAAGAGGUUCUCACAUUUUGCUCUCAAUAUAUAGAUGACAUUGAGACUCGAAUCAAUAGACCUUCGCGUGUUGAUGAUUAUCCUGAUGAAAGAGAUUCAUCCCACAGAUCUACAAUUUUUCCACCUAUAGGCAGGGCAGUAGGAGCAUUCUCGACCUUUGAUUUAUCAACCAUGGAGAAAACUCAAGCACAUCGAUAUGUGUUGUUAAAUUGUCCCCAAGUCAAACCUUAUAUAGAUGAAUUUAAAGAGUACUUACGGAUACGAUCUAAGAGGCGAAGGCAGUCAACAACAGAGAUAGAGAAAAUGAUCAGUAAAGAUUUCAUUAUUUGGUUUCCUCAAAGGAUUAUGAACCCAGACAUAUCAAAUAUAGUGUCAGAUGAUCUCAAGUAUCUUGCAAAAGGUCCAACAACACAAGCUAGAAGAUAUUCCGCAUUUAAUAUCAAUGGAUUCAAAUUUCGAACCUUAGCACGAGAGCAUGGGUUGAAAACCCAAAAUAGUGGUGUUUAUUUAACAUCUUCAACAUCGUGUGUUUCUAGUAGUGUCGAUACAAACUUCAGAGAAGCAGAUUUGUUAUAUUAUGGGAAAUUAGAAGAUAUCAUUGAGCUUAACUACUAUGGCCGAUUUAAAGUUACUCUAUUCAAAUGUAAAUGGGCUGACACAACUAGGGAUAGGGGGUACAAAAAAGAUGCAUGGGGUUUUAGUUCCGUUAAUUUUUCAAGAAGUAUUCACACUGGUGAUCGUGAAGAACACGAUCCGUACAUUGAGGCCUCACAAGCUCAAAUGGUCUAUUAUGUGAAUGAUGAGAUAGAUAAAGACUGGAGUGUUGUUGUCAAUUUGAAGCCAAGAGACUUAUAUGAUAUGGGAGAUCAAAUAGAAAUUGAACUUUGUCCUGAGCAAAACUUGGAUCAAUUUUUUGGAGACUUUGAUGAUCUGUCUUUAAUAAGGGAGGAUGUAGAUGAUGAACUAAUAAGUGAGGGGCAUGUUAAUGAUGAGAUUGAUGGAGAUGAACUUAUGUCAGAAUAAGAGCAAUGACUAUAUAUAGCAAUGCCAAAGCCAAGGAGGAUUACAAAUUUUCUUAAAUUAGCUAAUCAGAGCUCCACACAUGUUGCAUCUGUACCUAAUGAUUCAGUUCAUAAUCUAGUAGCUCCUCUUGCACCAAAUCUUGUGUCUACUACUGCA